AUGCCUCAUUAUCUAAAACAUCCCCUGCAACGGCUGUCCAGCCCUUCCCGAGGACUCUCGGCUGUGGUCCAUUUGGCCGGACUCGCCAGUUUUUGCUGGUCUUUCAAGUUUAUGCACGAUUUUCCCAAUCGAGCUAACGAGGCAUACGGAUGGCAUUUUCAAUAUCUCACGGUUAUCGGUUUGUCUUUGGCAACGUUGACCUUUUUAUUCGGUGUAUUGGCGGAUGUGACGUUGUCGGCCCGACUCUUCUUGGUCAAGAACCUUUUGUCCAUCCUUAGUGCUCCUUUGGAAGUGCUCAUUAGUCUUCUUUACUGGAGUUUGCGCCUGAUUGACGAACGCUUGGUGAUUCCUGAAUGGGCCGUGAUCCCGCUCAGCGCCGACGUUAGCUUCCACGCAAUCCCAUCAAUUGUGCUGUUGAUCGACCUGCUAUUUUUCUCUCCCCCGUGGACUAUCGACAUUGUCCCGGCUCUUGGUUUGUCCAGCACCUUCGCUGUGGGAUACUGGGUGUGGAUUGAACGGUGCUUCAAGCUCAAUGGCUGGUACCCUUAUCCCAUCUUCGACCAAGUGCCUUUUGAAGGCCGUCUUGGCCUCUUUGUCCUCAGUGCCAUCGUCAUGGCAGGCAGUACCGCGACCCUAAAGCACCUGUAUGGCCGGGUCAACGGCUAUGGCACCGCCACUGAGGCUCGCGCAUACCCUGGCCAGGUUAAGCGGAAUGGCGGUCAUUAA